ACGGUUGUGAAAUACGGCAAAAUACUCAAUUAAAAAUAUAAAAAAAUUAUAUAUAUUAGAAACUUAAUAUGAAACGGCAUUGGUUCAUUCAAUAUUUACUAAUACAAUAUUUAAUGCUGGCAGUAAAAUGCGACAGUUACUAUUCGAUAAAUGCUCCCGGUGUUAUAAAACCAAAUCGUAAAUAUUCUGUGGUUGUUGCUCUGCAUGAGGCUGAGGGUCCGUGUUCGUUACGUGUUGGUAUUGGGGGUUUUGGUUUUAAUGAGUCUCGUGUUGUGGAUUUGCAGCCAUAUGAAGCAAAGCUUAUAGAGUUUUUGCCGAAAAAAUUAAUGAAAGGAUAUUAUAAUUUGUAUGCUGAAGGCUUAUCAGGUUUAAGCUUUAAAAAUGCCAGUAAUUUAUUCGGACGUUCAGGUGAUCCAACAAUUUAUAUACAAACCGAUAAGAUCAUCUAUAAACCCCAAGAUGUUGUUAAUUUUCGUGUUGUUAUAUUGGAUGAACAUACGAGGCCGCUAAAUAUUGCUGAACCUGUGCAUGUGGAGAUAUUGGAUAGGGAUUAUAACCGCGUUAAACUAUAUAAAAAUAUCUCCUUAACAAAGGGUGUUUUUACAGGACAAUUCCAGUUGUCUAAAUACCCCAUCUUAGGCACUUGGUCCAUUAAAGUUGUUCUAGAUGGUAGCUUUGCACACUCCAGCACCAAAGACAUCACAAUCAAAAAUUAUAUUUUACCAAAGUUCAGUGUGUACCUUAAAACACCUUCGGAUAUUUUACGGGAAGAUGGAUACAUUAGGGUGGUAAUCUUUGGCAAAUAUACCUUUGAUAAACAUGUGGAAGGCAAAGCUACAGUAGAACUGUGGAAUGAUAAUCCAGAACAGCUAUUACAAUCGAAACAAGUUGACAUUGCUAGUUUAGGUUUUGUCGAGUUCAAUGUAAAAAACGAAACGGCCAAAGGUCUCAUCGUCAAGGCGAAACUAACCGAAAAACACACUGGUAUAACUGAAACGGAGGAGCAAAGGAUCUACUUGCAUACACAGAGCUAUAUGUUGGAUAUUCCUUACGAGGAGAUAGAAUUUGAAAACAAUAAACCAUAUCGCCUGAAAGUAAAUGUGAAACAUUGGACUGGGGCUCCUGUUUUGGAUCAUAAAACGCCAGUUACCAUGGAGCAUGGUAAUCAAAUUUAUGAAGCCUAUUUAGAUGAUAAUGGUACGGCAACAUUUGAGUUUGAACAUGCUAAAAAUGACGAUCAUAAAUUUCAAUUUAAGGAUUCCAAAGGAUCGUUGUAUAAUAUUUACACAAGUCAAGAUUUAAUGUUGGACAAUAGGGAAUUCUAUUGUCGGCUGAGGUUGGUGGAUAAAAAACUACAACUCGGAAAACCUGUACUUAUUGAGGUCAGCUCUAUUUUGAAUAUACCUUAUCUGAUGUACAUCGUAAUGGGUCACGGAAGUCUCAUACAGUCGGAGCAUAUUAAAGUACCGCCCAACCAAAAGUCCUAUACAAUAAGUAUAACUCCCUCAAUUGAAAUGAUACCAAAGUCCUUCAUUUAUGUGUAUUACAUACAUAAAGGCAAUUUACGUUAUGAAGAGAUGCAUUUAAAUUUUCCAAAUGAAUUCGAAAAUCAGAUAUCACUGUCAGCUCCCAAACAAGUGAAGCCAGGCGAAGAAGUUACAAUUGCUAUAAAUGCACAACCCAAAUCGUAUGUCAGUAUAUUGGCCGUGGACUUGGGUGUUUAUUUACUGGAUAAUACAUAUGAUUUAAAUAGGGAUGACAUUCUGAGUCAGUUGAUUAGAGAGAGAUCGUAUGCUCCCUAUGAAGCUACAGUGUAUCCUGGUUUAAUAACCGGUCUGUUGACUUUAACUAAUGCUAACUAUCCAUUUAAAAGUUGGAGUGGUGGUGGUGGUGGUUCUGGUGGUUUUGUGCCCGAAGCUAAACGUUUGCGUCAGAAGUUCCCGGAAACCUGGAUAUUUGAAAAUUUAUUAAUAAAUGAAACUACCACCAAAUUAACUCUACCAAUACCCGAUACCAUAACGACUUGGCGUAUAACAGCAUUUUCAAACAAUGAUAUAACAGGCUUUGGAAUUGUAAAUGGACCCACAGAUAUCACCACCAUACAACCGUUCUUCAUAUCACUUAAUCUGCCAUACUCAGUGAAACGUGGUGAAAUUGUAACUAUACCCGUAACAAUAUUUAAUUAUCACAAUCAGAUUCUAGAUACGGAAGUGAUUCUACAUAAUAAUGAUCAGGAGUUCUAUUUUAUGGAAUCAACCACACAGCGUGUAAAGAAAUCAAAUGAUGAUCAGCAACAAGUUAAACGCAUUAGUAUAGCGGCUGAUAAAGCCAAAACAGUGAAAUUUCUUAUAUAUCUCACACAUGUGGGUGAAAUAAGUCUGGAAAUAACGGCCUCCAGUUCAUUGUAUUCGGAUGCUGUUUCGCACAAGCUUAAAGUUGAACCAGAAGGUGUGGCCAUACAAAAAACUCAAUCUUUAUAUUUAAGUAUUCCAGCUGGAGAGAAAAUAUCCUCAUCACUUGACAUCAAAGAUCCUGAUGGGAAUAUACCCGAUUCUGACUAUAUUACCUUUUCCGUGGGUGGUCAUUAUUUAGUGCCAACCUUGGAGAAUUUUCAGGAUUUAAUACAAAUGCCCACUGGCUGUGGUGAACAAAAUAUGGUGAGUUUUGCUCCCAGCGUCUUAAUUUUGCAAUAUCUUAAAGCAAAUGGCAUGCUGUCCAAAGACAUGGGUUUGGUGGAAAGUUUACGUUCCUCAAUGGAAGUUAGCUAUCAACAACAACUGGCGUUUCGUCAUGGGAAUGGUGGUUAUAGCGUCUUCGGCAUGGGAACCGAUGAGGAGCCCAGUACUUGGCUGACCGCCUAUGUGGUGCGUUACUUUAUUAAAGCUUCACAAUUCUUGGAUAUUGAGCCCAAAAUAAUUGAAACUGCUUUCAAGUAUUUGGCCGGCCAGCAAAAGGCAAAUGGGGAGUUUCUUUAUACGGGCUAUUUGUUGAAUCCGAAUCAUAAAAAUGAAUUUGGACUUACAGCCUUUAUAUUGUUGGCAUUUUUGGAGAAUGAAAAAUACACCACCCAAUAUCAACAAAACAUACAAAAUGCUGUCGAAUUUUUAAAUUCAAAUCUAGAAAACAUCAACGAUAUUUAUGCCUUAUCCUUGGUGGCUACUGUUGUGAAACGAGUAAAACAUAAAAAUGCAAACACUUUUAUAAAUGUAUUAAAAUCGCAUGCUAAGGAGAUGGAUGGUCUUAAAUGGUGGUCAGCAAAUGACCAUAAUUUGGCCAAUGAUAUAGAAAUUACUGCUUAUUGUGCAAUAACUUUGUUAGAUACCCCGGGAGAUCAUACCUCUAUCCUGAAGUGGCUAAUAGAGCAACGUAAUGGUAAUGGAGGUUUUACAUCAUCUCACGACACUGUGGUGGGCUUGGAGGCUUUAGUAAAAUUUUCCGAAAUCUAUAAAAAUCUUCAAAAUGUAAAUCUAAAAGUUUCUUAUAGUGCCAAAGAUCAAAAGGGCAUUGAAGUGGCAAGAGAUGAAUUCUAUGUAGACUCGACCAAUGUUUUGGAUUUGCAAACACAUGAGUUACCAGAUACAACACGCUAUAUUAAUUUCGAAAUGGAAGGCAAUGGGGCCUCUCUGGUGCAACUCAAUCAUCAAUACAAUAUUGCUAAUGUGCUGGAAUUUCGUCAUUUUAAUAUUCAGCCCAAGGCAACGUUUAAAAAUGAGAAAGAAAUGAAUUUGGAAGUUUGUUUCACUUACCAAACUGAUUCAGAUGCACUUAAUGAUGCAACCACCAAUUUGGUGAUAAUGGAAGCCAAUUUACCCUCUGGUUUCAGAUCUGAAGCAGAGAAUAGUACGUCGUUAAGAGAAAACAAACUUGUGCAGAGAAUCGAGUCAAAGAAUUUAGAAUCAACGAUUAUUUUAUAUUUGGAUAAGUUGGAGGCAAAUAUUAAUCAUUGCCUGGGAAUUCCUGCAGAUAAAACGAAUGAAAUUUUAAUGCCAAAACCGGCAGCUAUUAUAAUGUAUGAUUAUUAUAAUUUGACUCGUUCUAAUACCGAAUUUUAUAGUUUAUAAAUAUGAAGAAAAAAUUAUUAUUAAAUUAAUUUCACAAUUUUUGUAAGUAUAGGGCUUUUGAGCAAAUUAAUU